AAGAAAGAGAGAGAGAGAGAAGAAAGAGUGAGAGAGAGAGAGAGAAGAAAAGGAGCUGUGGCAGGGAAGGGUGCCGGGGAAGAGACUGAUCCUGGGCGGGAGGACGGGGUGCUUGCUUGCCGAGAAUAGCAAGUACCCUGUCUGUGCGCCUCCUCCUCUUUCCCCAAAGAGAGACCGGUGUCGCACGCUCGGCUGAGACAUCGCAUCCGGGAUCUGCUCGGUCCCAGGCCCCCGAAUGACUCCAUCGACAUCGCCAUCGACAUGUUUGGACAACCGGAAAUGCAUAUAACCAGAGGAGCGGGAGGGUAGGGCCCGAGCAGCAGGGGGCAGCACUUUGUCAGCAUUUGUUGUGAGCAGCAAAGGGUCGCACAGGGCCAAGGCUUCUUUCUCUGUGCACUGGCAGCAGCCUGUCCAGGUGGACCCGGUCUCUUUUGGAGAAUCAAGGCCGCAAAUGGCGCCCCGCGUGAAACAACAUGGAUACCCAUCGACCAUGCAUACCCCGCUGUGGAUCUCCAGGAGGAGCAGAGCGCAGCAGCAACAGCAACAGCAACAGCCCCGGCCACAGAUUAGACAGCCGACAACCGGACAGCCGAGGCAUUAUUUUUUCCCUUCUUGUCUCGGUUUCGGCCUUGGCUUCAUCACUCUUUUACUCUCUCACUCUCUUCGCUCACUCCACGCACUCACGUCUUCCUCGCACACCCAUUCACCGCUCAUUCGCUCAGCUGCCGAGGAACAUAGCAGGAAAGAACAGCAGCCAUCCAUUACAGAAGACCACGCUCAUAGGACCAGAAUGACCUCCCUCAAAAAGUCCGUCAAGAUCAACAGCCCUCUGCCAAAAGACCUUGCUGGCGAGUGCAAAAAGGCCUCCAAGAUCCUGAAUGCCUUCAUCGACCCGAUCGCAGCCAAGGGGAUCGACAACGUCAUCCCCUCAGACAUCCUUUCCAACGCCAAGGGUCUCGCCAUCUUCACAGUCGUCAAGGCCGGCUUCCUUUUCUCGGGCAGAGCUGGGGCCGGUAUCGUGGUUGCUCGUCUAGAGGACGGCUCAUGGUCUGCACCAUCCGCUAUUGGAACCGGUGGCAUGGGUUUCGGAGGCCAGAUCGGGGCCGAGAUCACAGACUUUGUGAUCGUCCUCAACACGCGCGCCGCCGUCAAGUCGUUCACCAAAGGCGGGAAUGUCACCUUAGGCGGAAACUUGUCAGUCGCCGCUGGACCCAUCGGAAGAAAUGCAGAGGCAGCAGCAUCAGCGUCAAUUGGAAGCAUCGCCGCCAUUUACUCCUACAGCAAAACCAAGGGACUCUUUGCAGGUGUCUCGAUCGAAGGAUCCAUCAUCAUGGAGAGAAAGGACGCGAACGAAACCUUCUACCGCAGACCUGUCACGGCUGCUGAGCUCCUUAGCGGUGCGAUCCCUCCCCCUCCUCAGGCGGAUAUCCUCUACAGGGCAUUGAACACCAAGGCCUCCGGCGCAUACACCAGCUAUGGCCAUCAUGACGAUCCCUCAUUCGGCCAGGACAUGUCCCGCAACCCUACCAGGAUUAAUCGCAGCGCCAGCAUUGCGACACACAACAGGUACAACAAUGUUAAUCCCAACCCUCACGGAAUGACUCGGUCCGCCACGAGCGCAAGGGCAUAUGGCAACAACAACAACAGCAACAUCCCAGUCGCCUUCAGCAGCAGCAGCAGCAGCAGCAGCAGCAGCAAUACCCACAACAUGUACGGCGCAGAUGAAAAACAGAGGGGAUUCGAUAAUGCGCGCGCGAGCAUGGAUCAAGACGAUGACCCUGUUCCAGGUUAUACACCCAUGGCCACAACGUCCGUGCUCAACAAGUCCGGAACCACCCCAGCAUUCUAUGGCCGUCCAUCGACCGAUAGCAACAGUCCAUUCCGACCAGAUAUUAUCCAGGCGGACUAUUCAAACCAACAACCGAUCGGCAACCUCCUCUCGAAAGGACCCAGAGUCCCGCCACGGAUCGGAGCCAAGCCCGAGUUCGUGGUGGCCCUGUAUGACUUUUCGGGUGAACAGGCCACAGAUCUGUCGUUCAAGAAGGGAGACAGGAUCACGGUCACCAAGAAGACUCCUAGCCGGGACGAUUGGUGGACCGGAAGGUGUAACGGACGCGAGGGCAUCUUCCCCGCAAACUACGUCGAAUAGUAUGCAGUUGUUACCAUGCUGUGUCUUUUUUUUUUUGUUCUUUUUGAAUGGCUGUAAUAAUAAUACAUAUGUCCAAGAACAAGAACAAAAAAAAUAAAAAAAGAAAAAGAAAAGAGAGACUAGAAAUUGAC